GGGGCCGAAACUUGGCGAGCGCCUGGGACUCCGCGACCGGGGCCGCGGAGCAGCACGCGCGUCGGGCGGCUCGCGGGGACUUCUGGCUGUGCUCGCGCCCCAAAGCUCAGCUCCGGGCAGCCGCGGACAAUGAAGACGCCCUGGAAGGUUCUGCUGGGACUGCUGGGAGCUGCCGCGCUGGUCACCAUCAUCACCGUGCCCGUGGUUCUGCUGAAUAAAGAACAUUCUUUUUUUCAAUCAUCAGAUGAUGCUGCAGCUGAUGAUCACAGAACUUACUCUCUAAAUGAUUACUUGAAAAACACUUUUCGAGUGAAAUCCUACACCUUGCGGUGGAUUUCAGAACAUGAAUAUCUCUACAAACAAGACAAUAAUAUCUUGCUAUUCAAUGCUGAAAAUGGAAACAGCUCCAUUUUCUUGGAUAACACUACGUUUGAAGCCUUUGGAAAUUCUGUGAGUGAUUAUUCAGUAUCUCCCGAUAGACUCUUCAUUCUCUUGGAAUCCAACUAUGUGAAGCAAUGGAGGCAUUCCUACACAGCUUCAUAUGAUAUUUAUGACUUAAAUAAAAGGCAGCUGAUAACAGAGGAGAGAAUUCCAAACAAUACACAAUGGAUCACAUGGUCAUCAGAAGGUCAUAAAUUGGCAUAUGUUUGGAAGAAUGAUAUUUAUGUUAAAAAUGAACCACAUUUACCAAGUCACAGGAUCACGUGGACUGGGGAGGAAAAUGUAAUAUUUAAUGGAAUAACUGACUGGGUUUAUGAAGAGGAAAUCUUCAGUGCCUACUCUGCUCUGUGGUGGUCUCCAAACAGCACUUUUUUAGCAUAUGCCCAAUUUAACGACACAGAAGUCCCGCUUAUUGAAUACUCCUUCUACUCCGAUGAGUCACUGCAGUACCCAAAGACUGUACGGAUUCCAUAUCCAAAGGCAGGAGCUGUGAAUCCGACUGUAAAGUUCUUUAUUGUAAAUACAGACACUCUCAGCUCAGUCACCAAUGCAACGUCCAUACAAAUAGCUGCUCCUGCUUCUGUGAUAACAGGGGAUCACUACUUGUGUGGUGUGACAUGGGCUACACCGGAACGGAUUGCUCUGCAGUGGCUUAGGAGAAUUCAGAACUAUUCCGUCAUGGAUAUCUGUGACUAUGACAAAUCCAGACUAGGAUGGAAUUGUUCACUGAAGAAUGAACACACUGAGAUGAGCACGACUGGCUGGGUUGGCAGAUUUAGGCCCGCAGAACCUCAUUUCACCUCUGAUGGUAAUAGAUUCUACAAGAUCAUGAGCGAUAAAGAGGGUUACAGGCACAUCUGUCAUUUCCAAAUAGAUAAUAGAGAUUGCACAUUUAUUACGAAAGGAUCCUGGGAAGUCAUUGGGAUACAAGCUCUUACCAGCGAUUAUCUAUACUACAUCAGUAAUGAACAUAAAGGAAUGCCAGGAGGAAGAAAUCUUUAUAAAAUUCAACUUAGUGACUACUCAAAAGUUGAGUGUCUUAGCUGUGAGCUGAAUCCAGAAAGAUGCCAGUACUAUUCUGUGUCAUUUAGUAAAGAGGCAAAAUAUUAUCAGCUGAGAUGUUCAGGCCCUGGUCUGCCCCUCUAUACUCUACACAGCAGCAGGAAUGAUAAAGAACUGAGAGUCCUGGAAAACAAUUCAGCUUUGGAAGAAGCGCUUAAAGAUGUCCAAAUGCCUUCUAAAAAACUGGACUUCAUUCUUUUGAAUGGAACAAAAUUUUGGUAUCAGAUGAUCUUGCCUCCCCAUUUUGAUAAAUCCAAGCAAUAUCCUCUACUACUAGACGUAUAUGCAGGCCCCUGUAGUCAAAAAGCAGACGCUAUCUUCAGACUCAACUGGGCCACUUACCUUGCAAGUACGGAAAACAUCAUAGUAGCUAGCUUUGACGGCAGAGGAAGUGGUUACCAAGGAGAUAAAAUCAUGCAUGCAAUCAACAGAAGACUGGGGACAUUAGAAAUUGAAGAUCAAAUUGAAGCAGCCAGACAAUUCUCAAAAAUGGGAUUUGUGGACAGCAACCGAAUUGCAAUUUGGGGCUGGUCAUAUGGAGGGUACGUAACCUCAAUGGUCCUGGGAUCUGGAAGUGGUGUGUUCAAGUGUGGAAUAGCUGUGGCUCCCGUGUCACGGUGGGACUACUACGACUCAGUGUACACAGAACGUUAUAUGGGUCUCCCAACUCCAGAAGACAACCUUGACCAUUACAAGAAUUCAACAGUCAUGAGCAGAGCUGAAAAUUUUAAACAAGUUGAGUACCUCCUUAUUCAUGGAACAGCAGAUGAUAAUGUUCACUUUCAGCAAUCAGCUCAGAUCUCCAAAGCACUGGUGGAUGCUGGAGUGGAUUUCCAGGCAAUGUGGUACACUGAUGAAGACCAUGGAAUUGCUAGCAGCACGGCUCACCAGCAUAUAUAUACCCACAUGAGCCAUUUCAUAAAACAAUGCUUCUCUUUACCUUAGCACCUCAAAACAGCAUGCCAUGCUAGCUUAUUAAAAAUACUUUUGUUCUCAUUAUUUCAAAGCUGCUCUGCUAUGAUCUUAAAAAGAUUUUUAAAUCAAAAAACUUAAGGCUACUUUUUUUUUUACCAAAUUUCAUACUUAUAAAUAGGUACUUCUGUCUUCAUAAGAAAUACUACUUUACAGAAAUUUUGAUUAUUCACUCUGCUUUUAUUUAUCAUUUAAAAUCAUUUCCAUGGCAGCUUCUGAAACAACAAAUAUAAAUUAUUUUUAUGAGAGCUUUGCAUAGGUUCCCUAAGAAGCAUUUUAAUUUUUCUAACUAGACUAGUCUAAAUCUUGUUCUCUUCUUUAAAGAGAUGAAAAGAUGUGGGCAAUGAUGUCACUAGGGCAGGGACAAGAAAUGAAGAAAUAAGCAGAGGAGAUGGCAGGGCAGAGAUAGGAACCCCAGUCCAAGCAUACCAACCCAACCAGGCUACUGUCAACUCCCUUCAGAGAAGAGCUGUUCGCAGCCAGACUGGCACAGUUUUCUGAGAAAGACUAUUCAAACAGUCUCAGGAAAUCAUAUAUGCAAAGCACUGAUUUCUAAGUAAAACCACAGCAGUUGAAUAGACUCCAAAGAAAUACAUAGGAAACUGCCAGCAAUGUAAGGCCUCCAGGUGCCAGUUAUGGCUAUAGGUGCUAUAAAAACACAGCAAGGGUGAAGGGAAAACGUUAUAAAUGUACUUUUAAAAAUAGUGAUGUUUCCUAGUGAAAAGAUACUGCUUGGAACUGAGAUGUGAACACAUCAGCUUGCCCUGUUAAAAAGGUGAAAAUAUUUGUAUUGCAAAUUCUAACUUGAAAGAGUCCUUACAUCAGUUUUUAUUGCAUUUUUGAGCAUCUUAAUUAAAAAUAUUUUAAACUUCCUUGAAUUUAUUUUUUAAUAAAAAACAAACUAGAAUAAUGUAUAGUAUUAUUUCUAUUUACAUAACAUGGGAUUUUUACCGGUCAUUUAAUAAAUAUACCUUCAUUUUUCAGAGAUAA